AUGUCUUCAGUUCGCCGCAUUGCCCAAAUUGUGCACCUUAAGCCCUCCGCUGUGGCAGCAUACAAGGAAUGCCACGCCAAUGUGUGGCCUGAGGUCUUACAACAAAUCAAAGACUGCAACAUCAAAGACUACUCAAUCUUUUUCGACAAUGACCGUACCCUCUUUUCCACUUUUAAGUACGUCGGCACAGACUUUGAAGGCGAUAUGGAGAACAUGCGAGCCAAUCCAAAGGUCAGGGAAUGGUGGGCAAUGACGGAUGGAAUGCAGGAGAGCCCUAUUCCUGGUGCGGUGAGCAGUGCUGAUGGACCUGGGUGGUGGAAAGUAUUGGAUGAAGUAUUCUAUACCGAUUGA